ACACGUGUGUAUCUUAGCUUUUUUUUUCCACUAAAAAAAGCAGGAGUGUAGUUAACUUGUGCAUGACAGACGAAGCCAAAAAGUGAAAUAAAUAUUAAUUGUACAGUUCUGAGGAGAACAGAAGAUUGACGAUGGCGCCGCCGAGGAGCAAGAAACGAAAACCGAGUUUCCGGCGCCUGCUGAAGACGAGCGGCGCGAAGCUCGAGAACAAGCGGAGGAACCGACAGUUCAAGCAGCAGAGCACGGCCAAGAAGCACCGCAAGGAGCAGCGCAAGCUCCGCCACGCGCUCAAGGACGCCUCCGCCCGGGUCCCGGCUCCGCUGGAGCGCUACGGGAAGAGACCUGGGGACGAAGAUGAGGAGGAGUUUGAGGAGUCUCUGCCGGUGGAUAUGCUGGAGGAAGAUGACCUGGAGGAGAUGCGGGCCUUGGCACAGAAAGCCUCCUUCCUAACCAGGAACUUGUCCUCCUGCGAGCCGGUGCACGCCAGGAAGCGGAAGUCCGACGGCACCGUGGAGACGUACGAGAAGACGCCGAGGAAAAUGCAGGCGGAGCCGGAGAAGGAGAUCAUUCAUCUGCUGCCAAUCAAAGACAAGACGGGCAUUAUCCGGCAGACCAUGGAGAAGCCAGUUGUACGGAAGGUGGAGGAGGAAGAGACGGAAGAGGAAGAGCAGCCAGAGGAAGACAUGACUCAAGAAGAGCAAGACAUCGAGAUGAUGUCCUCCCUGAGCCCAGAAGAGCAGCAGCAGUUGCGUGGCCAGAAGCUUCAGGAGAGGAAGCUACGCAUCGCUGGCCUGGCCUCAGCCAUCCUCGCAGACCCUGUGAGCAGUAUGAAGAAGCUGAAAGAGUUGCGCUCCAUACUGAUGGAGACAGACCCCUCCGUCGCCGUGACCGUCAGGAAACUGGUCAUGAUCUCGCUGAUGGAGGUCUUCAAGGACAUUGUUCCCUCGUACCGCAUCCGGCCCCUGACCGAGGAGGAAAAGGCAACGAAGGUGAAGAAGGAGACCCAGCAGCUGCGGGAAUUCGAGGAGGGCUUGGUGAGCCAGUACAAGUUCUACCUGGAGAACCUGGAGCAAACCGUCAAAGACUGGAAGCAGAAGAAAAGGAAAAAGAGCGAGACAGUGGCCUUGCAGGCCUACAAGGGCCUGGCUGAGGUGGCCGUGAGGUGCCUCUGUGAGCUCAUGGUGGCGCUGCCUCACUUCAAUUUCCACAACAACAUCCUGGUGCUCGUGGGGCCCCUCAUGGAUGAUCCGUGCAGCGUGGUGUCUGACAUGUGCUGCGAUUAUGUGAAGAAGCUCCUGAAACAGGACAAGAUGGGCCAGGCGUCGCUGGGAAUGGUGAAGGUCAUCUCUGGCUUGGUAAAGAACCGCAACUACGUCGUCAGGCCAGAGGUGCUGAAGUGCCUGCUUUGCCUGAGGAUAAAGGAGGUGGAAGUCAAGAAGGACUCAGAAGAUGUUGCCCCUAAAAAGAAGUUCAUGACCUUUAAAGAAAAGAAGAAGAACCUGUCAAGGAUGCAGAGGAAGUGGAAGAAAGCCGAGGAGAAACUGGAGAAGGAGCUGCUGGAGGCAGAAGCUUCAGAAAGCAAAGAAAAAAAGCUGAAAUUGCACACAGAGACACUCAACAUCGUGUUCCUCAUCUACUUCAGAAUACUGAAGAAAGCCCAGAAAUCUGCUCUGCUGCCUGCUGUUCUAGAAGGACUGGCAAAGUUUGCCCACCUCAUAAAUCUGGAAUUCUUCGAUGAUCUGUUGAACGUCUUGCACAAUCUCAUAGAAUCAGAGGAUCUCACCUAUCGAGAGAGUCUCCACUGCAUCCAAACGUCCUUCAGCGUCCUGUCCGGUCAAGGCGAUGUGCUCAAUAUUGACCCUCUGAAGUUCUACACCCACCUGUACAAAAUGCUGCUCCAGCUGCAUGCAGGGGUGCCGAACGAUGACAUGGGCAUCGUGCUGCAGUGCCUGGAUGUUAUGCUGGCCAAGCGCAGGAAGCAAGUGAGCCUCCAGAGGGCGCUGGCCUUCCUGAAGAGACUGAGCACGCUCGCUCUGCAUGUGCUGCCGGACUCGGCCGUGGGGCUCCUGGCGUCCUGCAGGACCUUGAUGCACACCUUCCCCCGCUGUGACACGCUGCUGGACAAUGAGGCACAGGGCAGCGGCGUGUACCUGCCGGAGCUGGACGAGCCCGAAUACUGCAACCCUCAGAACACAGCGUUGUGGGAGCUGCACACAGUCCUGAGACACUAUCACCCAGUGGUGAGGACGUUCGCAGCCCACCUCAUAGCAGGUGCACCCAGCGAGGGCUCUGGGGCGCUUGGUAUGGAGCUCAGCAGGAGGUUACCAGUGGACUUGUUUCAAGAUUACAGCACCAAAGAUAUGAUGUUCAACCCUCCUGUGGUGACACUCGCCCCUAAGAAAAAGGACCACUUCACCAGUCCACUGUUUUUGGACACCGACUUGAAGGAGCAGAUUGACUGUGCUCUGGCAGGAGAUGCCGACUCAAAGUACCUGGAUUUCUUUGCGCAGUGGAAGCCGUGCAUUUCAUAGGUACGUAGUUUUAUCUCCUCUGAACCCACAUCAACUGGGAGAAGUGUAAUUACAGAGAGCCACGGUUCUUUAACGUGAUCAUAUUUAUUUCUGUGGCAACAUACAUUGUUUUUAAACAGUUUCAAGUAAUCAUGAUCUGUACACAGCAUAAUUUUAAUACAUCUAAAUGAAGACAAUGGAUGUUACUGUGUACAGUAUUAAACUAUUCCUCCUAUGUUAAAUAGGGAAAAAUGUAAAAGCAAUUAAAAAUGGUUACAAUUAUUAGUUAUGAAAAGGUAUGCAUGUUUAAUAGUUACAAAAUCAUCUUUGCUACAAGUACUUGACAAGUAUAAGCCACUAUAAAGUUUAACUUAUUGUAUUUUGUACAAAAGAUGGAUGUGGAUUGUCCACCCCAAAUAAAUAAAAUACAUUAAUUUUUAAAAUGGCUGUUCUAAAGUUACACCAAACAUUUAAAGCCCAAUUUACACAUUUCACUAUAUAUAAACACCUAGCCAACCAGGGCUACACCACCAAAUAUAUUAAAACUAAAGGCAAAAAAAUGACACAGGAAAAAGAACUGAGGUCCCAAUGUUUUAGAAGUAAAACCGACAGAAACGUGUACCACCAAUACAAAUUAGCAAGCAUUUUCACCCUUAUGAUUAGUGAAAUUGUGAGACGUAUCCUAUGAACCUGCUACAGAGCACAAACCAAGGAGUAGAUGAAGUUUCCGCCGAUGCACUGAGUGCCAUUUCAAGCGGUAGAGGUCAGCUUUCAAUAAAAUGUUUCCCAGUCCAAGACGAAGCACCAUAAUGCAAAAGUAAAAAGUCAAAACCUAGGGUGAUACUGACCUUCAUAAACACCACUAAAUUAAAGGAAAAGUGCAAAGAGUUAUAGUUUCUUAGUAAUUCAAUCAAAUCUAAAGAUGUGAAAGCAGCUGGGAGUCAGUAUGUUUUUGUGUGUUGUGCCACCAAAUUUGUUUAAAAGAAGUUUUUUUCAGGAAGCAAAAAAAAAUCAAUCCCCUCUCUCCAGGCAUGUCUAGUGGCAAGAAGGGUGAGUCUGGUUCUCCGGAGCUGCUUUCACAGUUACAAAAAGCAAGAAAACAGGCCUGUAAUAAAGAGUUGACAUUAAGUGAAACUAAAGUAUUUACACUGACCAUACAAGGUAACAAUUCUGAGCUCUCUGGAAAUCAGUGUAAACUGUUAGAAUGCUUUUUAAUUCAAAUGAUUUGAGCCACACCACAAAGUGCAAAAUAGAAUGGAAAGAAAAGUACUGUGGGCUUCUGGGACAUGGCUUCAAACAAGCCUGCUUGUUGGCCACUGUCCCACUUUGUGUGAGAAACGCCCCGGAGCCACUCACUCACACAGGACUUUACCUGUGCCGCAGGAGGGCAGAGAGGUCUGUCUGUUCCCCUGGAGCCCAGAAAGAUGCCAUGCAGGAGCACCAGCAAGACUGGUGUCUCUUGUAAAGCUGCACACGUUUCCAGAUGCAGGACUCAUGGGCAUUUUUCCAGUUUCG